AUGGCAUCUUUACCAAAAGUACUUUGCCAUUUUCGACAGAGACAGGUGGCAGUCGCUGGUGACAUCCGCGAGAUGUUCCACCAAUUGAAAAUUCGGUCGGAAGAUUGCCAAGCGUUACGUUUCCUUUACCGGAACGAUCCAUCGCAGAAGCCAGAAGUGUACGUGAUGGAGGUGGCGAUCUUUGGAGCAACCUGUUCACCUUGUUCAGCUAGUUACAUUAAAAAUACCAAUGCCAUGGAGUACCAGAAGGAAUUUCCCGAAGCAGCGACUGCAAUAGUAGAAAAUCAUUAUGUGGAUGACUACCUAGACAGUCGAGAUACGGUGGAAGAAAUGGGUAAACUGGCCUCAGAAGUAAAAAUGGUUCAAGCAACGGCUGGAUUUGAGCUACGAAACUGGCGGUCGAACUCGGCGGAAGUGCUGAAGAUCCUGGGAGAGCAGGUAACAGAGGUGCGAAAAGAUUUCACAGCGGACAAAGGCAGUCGAAUGGAACGAGUUUUAGGAAUGGCUUGGAUUCCUGAUGAAGACGUGUUCACUUAUUCCUUGAAAUUACCGCAAGACUUCGUGCAGCCUGGAACCGUCUUGACGAAGAGAGGAAUUUUGCGGUUCGUUAUGAGCGUUUUCGAUCCCCUUGGAUUGAUCUCUAGCUUGCUCAUACAUGGUAAGAUGAUAAUCCAAGACCUCUGGAGAUCUCAGGUAGGAUGGGACGACGCCGUGCCCUAUGUAAUACAAGGGCGCUGGCGUAGAUGGAUCGAAUCAUUAAGCAAACUGGACGAAGUUCGUGUUCCACGCUGCUAUUUUCCUGAUUAUGACUCAGACAGCUUUCGAACAUUGCAGCUCCACGUGUUUGUAGAUGCGAGUGAAUCCGCUUUCACCUGCGUCGUCUAUUUUCGUAUGAUAGAUCGAGGCCAGCCCCGAUGCGCUCUGGUAGCAUCAAAGGCCAAGGUGGCUCCACUAAAGCCACUGUCUAUUCCGCGGUUAGAACUGCAAGCAGUGGUCAUUGGAAGCCGAAUAGCGAAAUCCGUCACCGAGUACCAUUCGCUUCCCGUGUAUCGUAGAUUCUACUGGAGUGACUCCAAAACUGUUCUCUCUUGGAUCAAAUCUGAUGCCCGGAGAUAUCAUCAGUACGUAGCGGUUCGUAUUGGCGAAAUUCUAGAAGACACGACGGUCGAAGAAUGGCGAUGGGUCCCCACGAUGCAGAAUGUAGCAGACGAAGCCACUAAAUGGGGUAAGGGCCCAAAGUUGCAUCAGGAUAGUCGCUGGUUCACCGGGCCGGAUUUCCUUUAUCGACAUGAGGAUGAGUGGCCGAUGCAACAUAAUCUCCCAGUCGACGUAGAGGAAGAACUACGUGCCAUUCACGUACAUCGAAUUGAGGAGCCUCGAGCCUGGAUCAAACCGGAAAGAUUUUCGAGAUGGGAGCGUAUGCUUCGCAGCACUGCAUAUGUGUAUUCAUUCAUCGACCACUACGUAGAACAUGGGAAGAAGGGGGCAAUGCAAAAUGGACGAGGACUGCGGCAAGAAGAUUUUGUUCGCGCGGAGAGAGCGCUUUUGCGGCUUGCGCAAGCUGAAAUAUACACCAAGGAGUUGCUGUUGCUAGAAAAAGCGAAGGAGUUGGUUGCUGCGAAGGACGUAACAGUAAGUCGAAGGCUGCAGUUUGAAAAGGACAGCCCACUCAGAAAGCUGUCUCCAUUUCUAGACGAAUUCUGUGUAAUACGCAUGGAGAGCCGGAUCGAAAAAUCUCCAUGGGCCUCACACGAAGCAAAGUAUCCAGUAAUAUUGCCAAAGAACCAUAAGAUUACUGAGCUUCUAAUAGACUACUAUCACCGAAAGUUUGGACAUCACAACGGGGAAACAGUUGUCAAUGAAAUUCGCCAGCGUUUCUACAUUUCUGCACUGCGAACAACGGUGCGUUCAGUGGUUGCUCGUUGCCAGUGGUGCAUUAUCUACAAUGCGAAACCCGAAAUACCUAGGAUGGCACCUCACACUCAAGCUCGUGUAACUCCGUGGGUACGACCGUUUUCGAGAGUUGGAAUUGACUAUUUCGGGCCAUAUAUGAUUAAAAUAGGUCGAAGUCAAGUUAAACGCUGGGUAGCACUCUUUACAUGCAUGACGAUACGAGCAAUACAUCUAGAGGUAACAACAUCGCUGUCAACCGAGUCUUUUAAAUUAGCCUUGCGGCGUUUUAUUGCCCGUCGUGGUGCGCCGGCGGAAAUUUACACCGAUCACGGAACAAAUUUUGUUGGGGCGAGCAGAGAACUAGCUUCUCAGAUUGCUACGAUGAACCAAGAACUUUCAGAGACUUUCACGAACACCAAUACGCGUUGGAUCUUCAUUCCACCAUCCUCCCCUCACAUGGGCGGUGCGUGGGAAAGGAUGGUACGGUCGGUUAAAACAGCAAUGAACUCCAUACACCGUACCCGGGCGCCAUCUGAAGAAGUGUUCCAUACAGUAUUGUGCGAAGCGGAAUCAAUGGUCAAUUCUAGGCCAUUAACAUAUAUGCCUUUGGAAACAUCGGACCAGGAGGCAUUGACUCCGAAUCAUUUUAUCCUUCUGAGCUCGAACGGGGUUAAGCAGACGGAGAAAGCGCCAACUGCGGAAAAUGAGACACUGCAGGGUGGAUGGAAUAUAUGUCGACAUAUACUGGAUCAAUUCUGGAUCAGAUGGACCCGCGAAUAUCUACCCGAUCUAACGAGACGUACCAAGUGGCAUCAGGACGUGAGGCCAGUUCAGGAGGGAGACGUUGUAUUCAUCAUGGGUGAGGUCAUACGGAACCGGUGGACUCGUGGUAAGGUAUUAAAGGUCAUUCCGGGGAAAGAUGGUCGCAUCCGGCAGGCCUAUGUUAAGACUAGUACAGGAGUUCUCCGACGUCCCGUAGCAAAACUAGCGGUUCUCGAUGUACUUUCGAGAGGUAAUCCUGCAGUACCCGAGCAGAAUUACGGAGAGGGGAAUGUUGCGGGAGACGUUACGGCCGGUAACGGCUCAGGCAACGAAGCUUCCACAGGGAAUACAGAAUCUCGUUGA